AUGGUCUCGUCAAACCCACUUUUUCGUGGUACAUGGACUGCUAGAAAGUUCCAAGCUACCGUCAUCAAUGACAUUUGGCCCGAAGUUGCGUUCUUUACGCUCGUAGCAACUAUGGUGGUAUUGGUAUCGGAAAAGACCUCUAAAGACCUCAGCAUCUCAAAUCAGCUCUUGACCGUUCUGGGUACAGUUCUCGGUCUGGUUAUCUCUUUCCGAACAUCGUCAGCGUACGAACGGUACCAAGAUGGAAGAAAGAUGUGGACAAAUAUCAUCUCAGCAUCGCGUAACCUUGCUCAGCAGAUCUGGGUACAUAUUCCUGUUGACCGCACGGGAAAAGGUGCAGCAGCGGAGACAACUCAGCUUCAAAAUAUCAUUGAGAAGAAAACCAUGAUCAACUUGAUUCUCGCUUUCGCCGUAUCUGUAAAGCACUUCUUGCGUGAUGAGCCUGGUGUUUACUACGAGGACCUUUACCCACUGAUCUGCUUCUUACCAAAGUACCCAAGUGGUAUGGAAGGUGUAGAGUCCGAGAAGCUUCCUCUUUGGCAAGAAGAAGAAUCCGUCAACCAUCGGCAUGCUAACGCGCCUGUUACCGAGCUUGGCGCCGAUUCGUCCUCGCGGGCUUCCACGCGUCGGGGAAGUAGCGGUGUUUCGGACCCGGAGAAGGCAUUCCCUGAUGUCGCGAGCGAUCGUCCUUUGAAACCCGCUCGCAAUCCCCCCGAGACGUCCAUCCUCGACUACAUUCCUCUCCUUCGAUUUUUCAAAUGGGUCGUCCGCAAGGUUACUCGAUCGGCUCGUCCUAAGGGCAGAGGCAAGAAAAGACGCCAAAACGAAUACGUGGAAAGUCACAUACCAUUGGAGAUCAUCCUUACACUUUCGAAUUAUACAGCCUGGACUAUGCGCAAUGGACUACUCCAGCCUGCCAUAGCUACCGGAGUUACUGCAAAUCUUACCCUUCUCCAGGAUACUCUUUCUAAUCUUGAGCGUAUUUGUAAUACUCCUUUGCCAUUUGCAUAUCAGGCACAUCUCCGCAUGUCCCUCUGGCUUUAUUUAUUUUUCCUUCCUUUCCAAAUUGAAAAGGCCUUUACUUGGAUCACAAUCCCUGGGACGGCUUUUGCUUCUUUCCUUUUGCUGGGUUUCCUUGAGAUCGGUCAGGAAAUUGAAAACCCCUUCAACUAUGAUUUGAACGAUCUUGAUCUUGACUACUUCUGCCAAGCUAUUCAGCGUGAAUUACAUCUCAUUACUGCUCACACCGCACCAAGCCCAUCCGACUUUGUGUUCAGCAAUUUGAACCAACCUUUCGCUCCGGCAGAUCGCCGCACCGCUCAACAACUCAUUGCAACUGGGGACGUCUACACUCACCCAACUGAGCCAUCGAUGCAAGGAUUCGACAGCCUGCGCCGCACACUCGUAAAGGGCUGGAAACAGGUCAACACACUCAGCCGCCAGUGA